GGGCGUCCAUCUUGGGCGUUUCUGCUUUGUGCCCGGCCAUUUCGUCCGGCCUGCCGAUCCCAGAAGCCUCUUAAGGCUGGACGGACUGAGCUCAGAAAGAUAUGGGCUAGCUUCUCUAAGGGGUUAGCAAGCAGAGCGGGUCUAGUAGCUGAUCAUGAGCCUCUGAAAACUUCAGCUUCCUGGAAUUUCCACAUUUGCUUUUAAUUUUGCUCCUUCUAUACCACUGGCUCCGGAUUGCAUGUCUGGGUUUUGAGCAGAAAAAGCUGCCUGGUGGAUCUGCACAGCUAAGAACAAGUGGGUCUUGUUCCAAAUCAGCCAGAGGGAGAUUCUAGGACAACGGGGCUGUCACUUGGCUUGGAGUGGGCUGGAGUGAGGGUGAAGCGACACCUCCUUCCAGCUGGACACAGACUGGUGAGCUGAAGGGGAAACUCUGAGAUCCCACUGCUGACACCAUGACCUCAGAAGCUGACGGGAUCUGCCCAGGGGGCAAAGACUCUGUUAUCAUUGAGUAUUUCCUGGAUCCAAGGAACAAAGAGAAACUGCAAUGCCUGCUGAGUGAUGAAUCCUGGGAGACAUUUGUGGCGGCGGCCGAGCUAUCCUGGGAUAAGGCAGGUGCACUCUACGAAGACUUGAGCCAGCUGGGAAGAAACGCGGCCUUGGACCGGCUGCACAGGGAGAGGUUUAUGAAGGAGUUUCCUCAGGUGAAACAGGACCUUGAGGAACGCAUACGAAAACUCUACGCACUUGCAUAUCGUUUUGACAAGGUGCACAGGGACUGCAACAUCACCAGUGUGGCGGCCUCUACCACCGGCAUUGUGUCUGACAUUCUGAACAUCAUUGGCCAGUCUCUGGCACCUGUGAACGCACAAGCUAGUCUGGUGCUCUCGGCAACUGGGAAGGGACUGGGGGCAGCAGCUGCUGUGACCAGUGAGUUAGCCAGCAUGGUUCAAGACUUUAACAACGAAUCAGCCGAAGUGGAAAUCAGUAGCCUAGUGUCAACUGGCAGCAACAAAUGGAAGGUGUUUGAGGACGUUGUACGUCACAGGAACCCCCAAGCUGAUGUCUUAGCAAAGAAGUGCUUCGAAUCCCUGCAAGACAUUGUGAACAAUGCUGAAGCCUGCAAGGUGGCCUGGACCAAACCUCACUUAGCAGCCGAGGCCAAGAGCUUCCUGCGCACGGGGGCAACCUCAGAUGAAAGCAGCGAGCAGCUGCAGCAAGCUUUUGGAGGCACUGCUCUGGCCAUGAGCAAGGAAGCCAGGAUGAGAGAUAUAGCCACUUCUGGCUUAUCCUUAGUGAAGAAUACCUUCAGCCUUGUGCAGGAAUCAAGGCGCUUGCAUAAGGGGCAAAAGACACAGUCAGCUGAAGAUUGGAGGCAGCAGGCCCAGGAGCUGGAGGGAUGGCUGGGGGAACUCAGCCACAUACACAACAUUGUACAGAAGGCAGAGCUGGGGCGGCACAGCAAGCUGGUCUGCAAGGAGAUAGAGGAGAUCGUCAGGUCCAAGGACGACGUAGGCACGAGUGUGCGUGAGCGGAAGAAGUCUAAGCGGGCCCUGGAGCAGCAGGUGGAGGAGAUGAAGACCCAGCUGGAGGAGCUGGAGGAUGAGCUUCAGGCCACCGAGGAUGCCAAGCUGCGGCUGGAGGGGAACCUGCAGGCCGUGAAGGCCCAGUUCGAGCGGGACCUGCAGGGCCGGGACGAGCAGAGCGAGGAGAAGAAGAAGCAGGUGCGUGUGGCCCUCCUCCUCCAGGGUCAGGGCGCUCUCGGCAUCUGGGCAGAGGUGGGCACUGAGUCCCCCACCCCGCCAGGUUUCCACUGGCGUCCCCUCUCCUUUCUCUACCUGGAUGGUGGAAGCCUCCCUGGCCAUGUCUUCCAGUCCUCUGUCCUGGGGAAGUGGGGGAAUGAGUGACCAUAUCAGGAUUUUUUCUGUUAGUAAUUCUCCUUGGCCCCUGAGCCCCAUGGAUCCACAGAGCUAGGCCAAACCCAUCUGGGCUCAGA